UCCCGGCCAUGUUGAGGAAGUUCCCCCGAAUUGAUCCUGUCCCCGGUUCUGAUGGUGGAGCGGCCCCGGCAGGUGCUGAUAUGCUGCUGGCAGCACUCGGUGUGACUGGGUCUGGAUGUCAGGCAAACCUAUCACACCGUCUGGGUUUCUCUCUAUUUUCCCCAUUGCGUAUUAACGAUACGGCGAGGAGCAGCGCCCCCAGUCAUUGUCUGUACCCGCCCGGGCCCCACUUCCUUUCCCCCACCUUGUCAGUGCCUAUACCCGCUCGUGCCCCAUCUCCUUCCCGCUCCACUUGGCAGCACCAGUUCAGGCUGGAACCCGCUGAGCUCUUUUCUGAGUCUCCACUCCUCUCAACUCGCUCAAACCCACUUUCUGUUGAGCGCAGAGGCCUAAUGGUGUUUUGACAACAGUGCUUCCAAAUUUCUUGCACAAGGUCAGCAGUAUCUUUAAUUCUGUGAAGUAAGGCUGAUUCUAUCUAUCACGGAGAAAUGAUCCUAGUGCCAGAAGUCUUCCAGGAGUUACGGUAGUCCACCAGCAAGGAAACCUAAACUGAAGGAUUAGAUUAUCCAAGCAUCCAGCUUCGAGCAAGAUGGACAUCAGAGGUGCUGUGGAUGCUGCAGUUCCUACUAAUAUUAUCGCUGCAAAGGCUGCGGAAGUUCGAGCAAAUAAGGUCAACUGGCAAUCUUACCUUCAAGGGCAGAUGAUUUCAGGUGAAGAUUGUGAGUUCAUUAAAAGGUUUGAAGCUGCUCAUUCAGAAGAUAAACAACGGAUACUGGAUAUUGAAGGCCACCAGUGCGCCAAAACGUUUUUGAACUUAAUGGCUCACAUUUCCAAGGAGCAAACUGUGCAGUACAUUCUGACGAUGAUUGAUGACAUGCUACAGGAAAACCACCAACGAGUCAACAUUUUCUUUGACUAUGCCAAAAAAACCAAGAAUACUGCCUGGUCGUACUUUUUACCAAUGUUGAAUCGACAGGAUCUAUUUACUGUUCAUAUGGCUGCAAGAAUUAUAGCAAAACUAGCUGCUUGGGGACGUGAAUUGAUGGAAGGAAGUGAUCUGAACUACUAUUUCAAUUGGAUUAAAACCCAGCUGAGUUCCCAGAAGUUGCGUGCUGUGGGGUCUGAAGCAGGAAUAGUUUCACCAAGUGAGAGCUCCCAAUAUGUGCAAUGUGUGGCAGGUUGUCUGCAGCUAAUGUUAAGAAUCAAUGAAUAUCGUUUUGCCUGGGUAGAAGCUGAUGGGGUGAACUGCAUCAUUGGCGUUAUAAACAAUAAAUGUGGCUUCCAGCUGCAGUAUCAGAUGAUCUUCUCCUUUUGGUUACUGGCCUUCAGUCCACAACUGUGUGAAUAUCUACGCAGAUUGAACAUUGUUCCGGCCUUAUCAGAUAUUCUUCAGGAAUCUGUGAAAGAAAAAGUUACUAGAAUCAUUCUGGCAACGUUUAGGAAUCUUCUGGAAAAAUCUGCAGAAAGAGAAACCCAUCAGGAAUAUGCACUUGCAAUGAUUCAGUGCAAGGUCCUUAAACAGUUGGAGAACCUUGAACAACAGAAAUAUGAUGAUGAAGACAUUGCUGAUGACAUCAAAUUCCUCUUGGAAAAGCUUGGAGAGAGUGUUCAAGAUCUUAGUUCUUUUGAUGAAUAUAGUUCAGAACUGAAGUCAGGACGCCUUGAAUGGAGCCCUGUCCACAAAUCAGAGAAAUUCUGGCGGGAAAAUGCUACAAGGCUGAAUGAAAAAAACUAUGAACUUCUGAAAAUUCUGACAAGGCUUUUGGAAGUAUCUGAUGAUCCUCAAGUGUUGGCAGUUGCUGCACAUGAUGUUGGUGAAUAUGUGCGUCACUACCCUCGGGGGAAACGUGUAAUUGAACAGCUUGGAGGCAAACAGCUUGUAAUGAACCAUAUGCAUCAUGAAGAUCAGCAAGUACGCUACAAUGCUCUUUUGGCAGUUCAGAAACUGAUGGUGCACAACUGGGAGUACCUUGGGAAACAGCUUCAGUCAGAGCAACCACCAACUGUCACCACCAGAAGCUGAAUUGUCGUACUACUGUUGCAGUCUAUGCUAAAAUGUAUUGGCUGAUUGUUCUCAGAACUGUAAAGAAGUACAUUUCUGAAUAUAUUGAAAUAAGCAUAUAUGUUGAUGGAUAGCUUUUUUUAAAUGUCCACAUGCUGCAUUUCUUCAUGGUGUGAUGUAUUUAGCAAAACAGAAAAUAAAUCUUGAUUAAAGCAGUGUGCUGUAUUGAGCAUAAAAGUAUGUACAUAAUGAAUAACCAGAAAGAUCCAUUGUUUGAACAAGUUGUCAAUUAUUUAUGUCUUUGAUUUCACAAUAAUGUUUCCAGCAAAAGAGAUAAGCAUACUGUAAAAUACAGUUAUCACCUGUAUAUUGUUUGGUACUGUCAUCUAUUAAUACAUCAAUGUAGCGAUAAAUUGUUAAUGAAACAACUUCCUCUGUGGACCUGAAUCAUUAGACAGGCAAUGUUUAACCUAUGUUUUAUGUCAGAAUCAAUUUUUGAAAAAUCACAAAGCAUUACAAAUUGGUCCAAUGUUGCUUGUGGUGGAGACAUUAUUCAUGAUUUUUAAUUUUAAAAAUCACUAUUGGAACCAUCCAGUAAAUUAUAUUUUGGAAUUAAACUGGAACACUAAAUUCCUUUACACUUGGAACUGGACAGUUUAUGGAACUGGACAGUUUAUGAGUAAAGUUUUUAGUAUGUAAUUUUACAAUGAGACCAUUUGGGAGGGGAGAAAAAGCUGGACAAAUGUUGCUUGCUUAUUGCCUGAAAUAGAUUGUUGAUGAAGAUCACAUCAUGUAACUUACAAGAAAUAAAUAUCAACAUUAGGGCGUGA